AUGCGCAGUAUGGCGCUCGGCCCGAAGCCCUGAGAGAAACUCCUCCUUUCUGUAUGAGUGUUCCCAGCUUACUUACCUUCACGUUCACCCUGAGGGAGCGCAGCGCAGCGAUAUGGAGGCCGUGGGCACAGAGGACGCGGCAGCUGUCCCUGAGCUGGGGGCCCUUGUUGUGGGCAGCCGGAAAGAGGAGCUCCUUCCAUCUGGUGGAGCUCACCGAGGCAGAGCUGAAAGAGCAGUUUGUGAGGGGCGAUGGCCCAGGAGGUCAGGCCACUAACAAGACGAGCAACUGCGUUGUCUUGAAGCACGUUCCAUCCGGGAUUGUAGUGAAGUGCCAUCAAACAAGAUCAGUGGAGAAGAAUCGAAAGAUAGCCAGAGAAAUCCUGCAGGAAAAGGUGGACCUCUUCUACAAGGGUGAAGACAGUGAUGUUUUUAAAGAGAUUAAAGCAUCAGAGAAGAAGAAGCAAGAGAAAAAAAGAAGAGCAAAGGAAAAUCUAGAAAGGAAAAAGCAUUUUAAAGAGAUGCUACAAUUGGAGAGGGAACAAACAUGAAAUACUGACUGGCUCUGGUAGGAACCCUCCCAGGCUAACUGCAUUCUGACCUUUGAUAACAAAGGCACACAGCUUCAAGAACCCAAGCUGUCACAUGUACUUUGAAAGCAAGGUAGACUACUAGCAACAAUACCAUCCUCUGACAGAAAUCUACUGCAGCAGGACUGUACCUUCAAUGGAAAAUAGACCAAAAAUUUGCAGGCCCAUUCCCUUGUCUUCCUGAAUUUGAGCCUCCUGCACGAAGGUUAAACCUUUGCUUUUCAUACGUGGGGUGAGAAUCUGAUCAAAGUGACUGUAGAUAGUCUUAAUACAAACUGUUAAUGAAAAUAAGCUUUAUUACAUCAAGUAAUAAAUACAUACAAAGAUGCAAAUAA